ACAGAUUCAAUCUGCAACCCUGCUUCUGAAGGGUCAAAGUUACUGAUCCCAUGGCAACUGAUGUUUCUAAUAGUCCAAGUCUGUGACUUUGCCCAAACGUCAUUCAGUUCUGGCAAGUGGAGUGAACUUAGGAUGUCAGCCAAGACCUUUUGGGGGAUUCUUGCUCUGCUCCGAAUUUUCUGGUGUCUUCUUCCUCAGACAGGUUACCUUCAUCCUGAUGAAUUCUUCCAAUCACCUGAGGUCAUGGCAGGAGAUAUUUUAGACCUACAAGUCUAUUAUCCCUGGGAAUUCCUUUCCAGUUCUCCUUGUAGAACAGUUGUGUUCCCAUUAAUUACAUCUGGCAUUACCUACUGGAUGAUCAAGUCUUUGCAACAGCUGGGCAUGUGGUCAAAUGGCAUCAACAGCUACACCCUUCUUGUGUCACCUCGCCUUCUCCUCACCACCUUUUCUUUCAUACUUGACUAUAGCGUGUAUCGGCUAGCUCCUUUCUGGGGUGCAGAUCGGUGGAACGCCCUGGUUCUGCUUGCUGGGUCCUAUGUCACACUAGUAUUUUACACAAGAACAUUUACUAACACACUUGAAGGACUUCUGUUUGCCCUGCUGAUGGUACUAGUAUCUCCAGAAGCCGUUGGUUAUGGAACAGACAUCAGCCAGGCGAAACCUACCAGUAGCAGUCUCAUAGGGAUUAUAACAGUUGCUGGGUUUUUCAACAGGCCAACUUUUCUGGCAUUUGCUUUAAUGCCACUGCUUUACUGGGCAGUUUUAAAUGCCACUUCUCAGCACAGUAUUAAAACUAUUGCAAAGCACCUCUUGAAGCUUGUUUCAAGCACAGCUUUCACUGCCAUCAUCUUCACAGCAGCUGACACGUUAUAUUUUACCUCCAUUGGAUCAGAGAUUAGCCUAUACAGCAUUAAAAAGAAUGGCUUGUUAAGCACCAUAGCUCAAAUAAAUCAGAAUGUAAUAGUGACCCCUUUUAAUUUUCUCCGCUAUAAUCUUAAUCCCCAUAAUCUUGCACAGCAUGGGAUUCACCCAAGAUUUACUCAUUUUGCAGUCAAUGGGAUAAUGCUCUUUGGGAUCCUGCACAUUCUGGCCAUCAGUGUUGGUUUAAAAAUGCUGAAAUUAAACAUCCAUCUAUUAUCAUGGAUCAGACUACAUAAUCAUAGACCACCUACAAUGUUGGUGCUUGCCAAAGGCAAGCCAACAUUAUUAUUAUUCUAUUUUGUUCCUUUGGCAUUCCUUUCCCUAUUCAACCAUCAAGAACCUCGAUUCCUCAUUCCUCUUAUUUUACCACUAGUCCUACUGAUCACACCGCAGAAUAGAACCCUGAAGUGGAAACCCAUCAUUAUUAUUUUCAAUGUUCUUGGUGCCCUUUUGUUUGGGUGCUUACACCAGGGAGGGCUGAUCCCAUGCCUGUCUCAUUUAGAACAGCUCAUACAUUCUACAGAGUCCCUGAACCAUCCAGCACACUAUAUUCUACUCUUUGCUCACACCUAUAUGCCUCCCAGGUUUCUGCUCAGUAUCAAUAAGAGAGACCCAUUAGUAGAAAUAAUUGAUAUGGCUGGAACUGAAGAAAACACCCUCUGCCAAACACUGGGACACUUAGCAAACAACAUUGCCUGUGGGACUAGAGAGAUUGAUAAAGAAAGAACUUGUCAUUUGUUUGUUAUAACCCCUGGUACAGUCAGAACAACAAUACAAAAAUGUGGGGUUUUGUUCAAGAAUGAGACGUUAAUAUUUCCACACUUGACAAUGGAAGAUCCACCACAAAUAUCCUUUCUAUUCAGUGAAAAAUGGAGAAGUCAGUUAGGACUAUACAUCCUUCAGAUAGACAGAAAUGAACAGAGCAUUUAGUUAUUAGAGGAUUUAUGUUUCACUUUUUAAUUUUAUUUAGUUCUGCUGAAAGUUGCUGGAUCAACAGUCCUGGAGAUUGAUGUUCUCUCCAUUUAUUCACAGACACGAGUACAGCACAAGCAGUGGGAGUGCAAACUUCCCCAUAUUGUCCCCCCCACUAUUACCCUCACCAGUGUUUCUCAGCCCUGGUCUGGAUGGAUGCUAUCUAAGUGUGAGGUCGUUCAAUCUCCAGCAUUGUUUUUACACCAGGAUAAUUUUCCUGCUGGGAGAGGACUAAAUCAGAGAAAAAAGGCUGAAGUUCUCUGCACAAAACUUUCCAGAUGGUUUUGGGUCAGUUCUUCUCGUGUCAGAUAUAAUGUUUUGUUUUUUUAUUUCUUUUAUUAUAUCUCUUUGGAUUAUACUUUUUAUUUAUAUGCAUUAAUGCUACAGCUAAGCAUUCAGGGCCUUCUCCCAGUAGUUACAGCAGGCUCCAGUCACGAUAUAGAAUUCAUCUUUAUGAGCACCUCAGUUACAGGAUGGUGCAUGAUCAGAUAUAUCCUCUCAAGGGAUUGUAUCAUGUCCUUGAAAAGGGAGUGGGAUUAGUUUCAUUGUCUAGUAAUGUCUAAUGUUUCAUCACUAGCAAGUCAGAUCCUAGGAAUGGAAACCCCAGGUUCAAUCCCCAAACCAGCCACUGCUUAGUCUUACUGUUCAUUUAGCUUUUCCUGCUACAGGGCCAUUUAUUUGUGGAAACAGUAUAUUUUAAAUUGCCUUUCUAUUAGGAGUGGAUCUGAACUUGAACCCUGGAUUCA